AUGACAUUGAGGUACUAUUAUGUGUUGCUGAACAUAGGAAACCCACCUAAGCUCUUUGACUUGGACAUUGACACUGGCAGUGACCUCACUUGGGUUCCGUGUGAUGCUCCCUGCAACGAUCCGUGUGAUGCUCCCUGCAACGGUUGCACUAAGACUCUUGUGUUUUCUUUUAGUAAAAACUAUAAGACUGGACCAGCAGAGCUUCUCUUUAAUGACAAGACCACAUGUGUCAAAGGCAUUAACUUCAUUUUCGAUAGUGGAAGCUCCUACACUUACUUCAAUUCCGAAGCAUACCCGGCGAUUCUUGAUCUUAUAAGAAAAGAUUUGAAAGGGAAGCCUUUGAAGGACACAAAAGAAGAUAAAAGCUUACCGGUGUGUUGGAAAGACAAGAAGCCUUCGAAAACAGUACAUGAUGUCAAGAAAUACUUCAAGACGAUUACUUUACGGUUUGGGAGUCGAAAGAAGGGUCAGCUGCUUCAGAUUCAACCGGAGUCAUAUCUCAUCAUCACUGAAAAAGAAAACGUGUGUUUGGGGAUUCUAAACGGAACUGAGAUUGGGCUUCAGAACUACAACAUCAUUGGGGACAUAUCAUUCCAAGGGAUAAUGGUGAUCUACGACAAUGAGAAGCAGAUGAUUGGAUGGAUUCCUUCAGACUGUGACAAGCUUCCCAAUGUGGGUCGAGAUGAUGGAGGAAAUUUGUCAGAGGAGGAGGCUUAUCCGAGAGGCUUUGGUUUGAUAGGAGAGCUCUUCUCAGGAACUGAUGCUUCUAAGAACAAGAAAGAUAGAGAGCUUUGACACAAGAAAAGAGUCCUCCUUUUUAGUAGUGAAAUAAAGAUGUUC